GAGACCUUUCAAGAUGGAGGCGGUCAUAUGGUUGGUGUGGAUACUGGUCGUGUUGAUCGGGGCGAAGGUGUACCUCAUGGCGACGCAUCGGAAGUGUCACUCUCGGAGGAGACUGGAUGGGAAGACCAUUCUCAUCACUGGUGCCACCUCCGGAAUAGGAGAGGCAACGGCUGUGAAGUUGGCUGCCAGAGGUGCAAGGCUACUUCUAGCAUGUCGAAACGUCCAGAAAGCAGAAAUCGUUGCCAAACGGAUCGCUGCAUCGACGAAGAAUACCAAAAUCGAGGUCCGAUACGUGGAUCUGACUCGACUGCAGACGGUGAGGGCACUCGCAGACAGGAUACGGGCAGAGGAGGAAAAAUUGGACGUCCUCAUCCUGAACGCCGGCGCCGGGAAAGUGAGCUAUCCGAAGGAAUUGACCGAGGACGACCUCGAGUACAACAUGGCCGUCAACUACUUCAGCAACUUUCUGCUCGUCAACUCCCUCCUAGACGUGCUGAAGAGAUCGGAGGGAGAGAGUCGAGUCGUGGUGGUCUCGUCGUUUUUCCACGCCUUAGGAACGAUGAACUUGGAGAAUCUCAAUUACGAAAAAUACUUCUACAGAUUGAACGCCUAUUCGGAUGCGAAACUGGCCGAGAUACUGAUGGUGAAGGAGCUUGCUCGCCGCCUCCAGGGUUCCCGUGUGACGGUGAACAGCCUCCAUCCGGGUGUGGUGAGGACCAACAUCUUCUUGCAACUGCCUCUCUGGUAUCGGACCCUCAUAGGCAUCGUGUGGUUCUACAUGAAGACGAAGGAGGAGGGAGCAGAGACCGUGGUCCAUUGUGCAGCAUGCGAAUCCGUUCAAGGGAUAUCCGGUGCAUACUUCGUGAACUGCCAGGAACGUCGGCCGAGCAAGAAGGCGCAGGACGAGAAGCUGGCGAGGAUGCUCUGGCACCGAACCCUCUAUUACGUCAAUCUCCAUGACAACGGACCUGAUGAAAUUACAGCGGCCGCUGAAGGGAAUAAAAUAAAAUGAAAAAAAGGAAGCUGAGGAAUCCAAUGAAAUGAUACAAAAAGUUUCGAUUCUUCUUUGAUUAAGAAACUCUCUUAAACGGCAAUCAAUUUGUAG